CACUAUAACCAGGAGAUGCCAGAUCUAAACUGCACCUACAGACCACCACCGGUAAAGUGCAAUGGCUUUGAUCCAAGGGCUUUCCGCUGGGCUCAGACUAUGAGGCUGGCGGUAGAGGAGAUAAACCAAAGUACAGAACUAUUGCCCAAUUUCACCCUUGGGUACAAAAUCUUUGAUUCAUGUGCAUAUCCACUGACUGGACAGCGAGCUGCUCUGGCUGUGCUGAAUGGGCUGAGUGAGGACAACUCUCCUAUGUGCAGCAGUGCCUCUCCUCUCCUUGCUAUAAUUGGAGAAUCUGGCUCUGCUCAGUCUAUUGUGGUGUCAAGAAUCUUGCAGCCAUUCAAAAUUCCAAUGAUCAGCUACUUUUCUUCAUGUGCAUGUCUCACUGACAGAAGAAAAUAUCCCACCUUCUUCAGAGUUAUCCCUAAUGAUGACUAUCAAGUGAAAGCCAUUGCUCAGCUGCUUGUACGCUUCAACUGGACUUGGGUUGGGCUGGUACGCGGGGACCAUGAAUAUGGGCGCUUCGCUGUCCAAGGUUUACUAAGAGAAUUACAGGGUACUGCAGUGUGUGUAGCAUACCAAGAAAUGAUCCCUCUGCUCUACAGUCGCCAGAGGGCCCUGGAGAUCAUGCAGGUGAUGCGUGGCUCUUUGGCAAAAGUGGUGGUGGUAUUCUCAGCCGAGGGGGAGAUGACACCAUUCUUGAGGGACUACAUGACACAAAACAUCACUGGAAUCCAGUGGGUGGCUAGCGAGGCCUGGGUCACAGCAUCUAUCUUUACAGGGAAUGAGUAUUACCCCUACCUAGGGGGCACCAUUGGGUUUGCCAUCAGAAAAGGUCAUAUCUCCAGACUCAGUGACUAUCUGCAGACAGUCAACCCUCAGAUGUAUCCCAAUAAUGUCCUAGUUAAGGAGCUGUGGGAGGCCCUGUAUGGUUGCAGCCCUUCUUUGUCACCUGGCUCCCAGUUGCCGCCCUGCUCAGGGCAGGAGUCUCUGUUGGAGCAGCAUUCAGCCUACACGAAUACAUCCAGCCCUAGAGUGGCUUAUAAUGUCUAUAAAGCUGUAUAUGCAAUUGCUCAUUCCUUGCACAACCUCCUUCUCUGUCAACCAGGCAGUGGCCCUUUCCAAAACAACUCAUGUGCUCAAAGCAACAACAUACACCCCUGGCAGCUCCAGUACUACCUCCAGGAAGUGACAUUUAAAAUUGCUGGGGAGGAAGUGAACUUUGAUCUGAAGGGCGACACCAUACCCUAUUAUGAUAUUCUCAACUGGCAGAGAGGCACAGGCGGGAACAUUGAAUUUGUCAGCGUGGGGUUGUUUGAUGGAACCAAGCCUGCCGGGCAAGAGCUAGUGAUCCAGGAGAACCGGAUAAUGUGGGCAGGGCAUCAGAGUGAGGUACCAGUGUCUAUGUGCAGCACCAGCUGUCUUCCAGGGUUUCGGAAGGCUGUCCGUCGUGGGGAGCCUGUUUGCUGCUUUGAUUGUGUACCAUGUGACAGUGGCAAAAUUAGCAAUCAGACAAAUUCAAUAGAGUGCAUAUUUUGCCCUGAGGACUUCUGGUCAAACAACAACAGAACAGCCUGCAUCCCCAAGAAGGUGGAGUUCCUGGACUAUGAUUCCUUGGGUAUAGCCCUGACAGUCAUCGCUGUGGUGGGUGCCUGCCUCACUAUAGUUGUCUUUGCAGUAUUUUUCUACCACAGAAACACUGCCAUUGUACGUGUGAAUAACUCUGAACUUAGUUACUUUAUCCUUUUUGCUCUGACUCUGUGUUUCCUGUGUUCCCUGGUGUUCAUUGGUGAGCCAACAACUUGGUCGUGCAUGCUGCGUCACACUGCCUUUAGCAUCACAUUUUCACUCUGCAUUUCCUGCAUCCUGGGGAAGACUCUGGUGGUGUUGGCUGCUUUCACUGCCACCAGGCCAGGAGACAACAUCAUGAAGUGGCUGGGGCCUAAGCAACAGAGGGCCAUUAUCUUCAGCUGCACUCUGGUUCAAGUGGUUAUCUGUACUGCCUGGCUCAUUGAUGCUCCCCCUUUCCCAUCCCGAAAUACACAAUACAAACGCUCAAAGAUCAUACUGGAAUGUAGUGUGGGCUCCAGCCUGGCAUUCUGGUGCGUUCUGGGAUAUAUAGGUCUACAGGCUUGUCUGUGCUUUGUACUGGCUUUUUUGGCACGUAAGUUGCCGGGAAACUUCAACGAGGCCAAGUUUAUCACUUUUAGCAUGCUGAUCUUCUGUGUCGUAUGGCUAGCAUUCAUCCCUGCUUAUAUCAGUUCCCCUGGGAAUUAUGCGGAUGCAGUGGAGUCAUUUGCCAUUCUAGCUUCCAGCUUUGGCUUGUUGUUUUGCCUGUUUGUUCCAAAAUGUUACAUUAUUUUACUGAAGCCAGAGAAGAAUACAAAACAACAUCUAAUGGGAAAAGAAAAGAAGUAACAUGCUGUGAAUUAAUCUUUGAAUAUAUUUGAGAUUUCUAUUCAAUGUUGAAUAUUAUGUAUAAUUUGUUUGACAAAUUAUGAUUUAUUUCGGGUUUGUGUUGACAUGGGUUGUAAUGGUUGCAUGCAAAUGAUACUGCAGCACUGCAAUUGUUGAAAAGUGUACAAGAAAAUAAAUACGU